AUGGAAAUCUUGCAAAGGAAACAAAGUACUAAAAAAAAAAAAAAUCUGAGGUGCGGUGUAAAAAGCCAAGUUGAAAAGGAGCUGGUGGAGUAUCUGGGUGACUCGGAGGAGGAAAAGGAGGAGGAGAACCCAGAGGUGCUGAGGUUGAGGGCCAAGCUCGACAAGCGGGCAGCAAAGAUUCGCCGCCUGAAGGCCGAGAACGAGGGCCUGCUUAAACUAAACCACGAGCUGCAGCUUGCUCUUUGCGCAAAAGUGCUUGGAAAAGCCCUUCCUGAACAAGUGCCAGGGGUCGCUGUAACAGCGGCUGUUCAAGCGGGGAUCUCCGUGCCCAUUGGAGCCUCACCUAGGCGAGUCCCAGCUCCACCUAGGCCAGUCCCAGUGGCAGACGCGGCCAAAGAUGCCCCACUUAGGUCAGCCCUAGUAGCAGCUGCGGCCAAUGGAGCUCCACCUAGGCCAGUCCCAGCCCCACCUAGCCCAGCCCCAGUGGCAGCUGUGGCCAGUGGAGUUGCAGGACUACCUGCGGGAGAUGCUGGAGGGCCCGACUGCCCACCACUUGCUGAGGUGGACGGCCUUGCUAAGAACGAGAUCGUGGAUCACACCAUCGGCCUCCAAAAUGAGGAUGAAAUGAUCCAUGCUGGGCAAGGAGUCUACAUCAAUCAAGAAUCCUGGAUGGAGAUGCAGAAAGCGGAGAGCGACUCUAUGUUUUGUAAAAUCACGGCCUCUUCCAUUUGGCCAGUGGAAGUGCUUUUAGAGAAGUCAGUGACCGGCACCCUCUCAAACAAAGCAAAAGCAGCGGGGCAAGAAAAAGCAUUUGCCCCACUUACUCCGCACAAGGUGCAGGCUCUCUCAGGCUGCUUUUGGCUAUACCUAAGGGAGAGGGGGUACCGCCAGGCUGAAAGGGCAGCCCGGCACCAGAAGAUGCGCCGGUACCUGUCCGAAAAGCUGUCGGAUCUGAGGAGAAAUCGCUAAAAAGGCUCAUCCCUUUGCCCUGUCCUGCCCCAACGUAUGGUCCCGCCACGGACUGCUCAUGCUGCUGCAGGUCUGCCAUCGCUUGCACUCGAUGCAGCCUUUUCACCGUUUUUUUUAUAUUAAUUUAGCUUAAGUUAUAUAUUGGAAAUACUGUUGAAAUGGAACAAAUGUAUUAUUGCAGCCAAUACGAGCUGAAAUGCCACUACGCGUGGCGCACGAUACUAUGAGAGUUGUCUCUCGGAUUGUUCAGUAAACCUCAGCAUGCGCUGAGGUGGAGACAAAUCGCUUGCGCUCAUUGCACCACUAUGCCGUUCCGUGUCAAAAUCUAGCUCAUAGUGGUGCAAUGAGUGCAAUCAGCAAUCUGCCUAAACCUCAGCAAACACUGAGGUUCGCUGAAAAAUCUGACAGGUGGUGCUGAUAGUACCCCAUGCCACGCGUCAUGACAUUUCAACUCAUAUUAGUCACGAUGUUACUUCCUCAAAUGUUGUGGUUUUUCUGUACCAUAUGCUCCCAGCAAAGCAAUGUAUAAUGUCAUAAUU